AUGUCGAGCGAGGCCAACGCAUCCAAGAUAGCUGCUUCACUAGGCGUCACCAACAUGGACGUCGCCGAGAUUUCUAGGAUGCUGGAGCUGGAACAUACCUUGUUGCCCAUGUUCCAGGUCUCGGUCGCCUUUCUUGUGCUGGCCUGGAUCGCUGUAACCUUGCGUGUAUACGUCAGAGCUUUUCUUCUGAGAUCCUUCCAUUGGGAUGACUGGUUGAUUCUUCUCACAUUAUGCGUCUUUACGUCGUGUUGCAUGUGCCUCAUUGCCAUCGAGAACAUUGAAAAAAGCGAUGCCGCAAGCACAGCAUUGACGCAAGGGCUCAAAGCUCAGUUCGGGCUGAUUGACACUAUAUUCGGCCUCAUCAUGGGCUUCAUGUCUCUCUACAUCGUCACGACAGUCAUUUUGAAGCUCGCCCUUGCAAUUUUCUUCCUUCGCAUCAUUCCCGACAACUUCUCGUGGCAACGAAAGGUCAUAUACAUCUCGACUGCAAUAUACACCACUUAUGGCCUGGCUUUCACUUUCAUCGUCAUUUUUCAGUGCGGCAACCCCAACAACUUCUUCAUCCAGGAAGCCAGGAAGCAAUGCAUGUCGGAUACGAUACUACAGCCUCUGUACUAUGCUGCCGGCGGCAUGAAUGCCUUGACAGACUGGCUCUUCUCUCUUCUACCGGUGACUGUGAUCUGGAGUGCAGCUAUCCCUCGGUCCACCAAGAUCUCAGCAGGAUGUCUACUCGGCCUCGGUUCUCUAGCAAGCAUUGCUUCAUUGGUCAGACUAGCAUACAUCCCCGGCAUUGAGGCGUCACCGACUUUCCUAGAACACGCGGUCAACAUAGCAAGUUGGUCGAUCGUAGAACCAGGACUCGGCAUUGUAGCAGCCUCUCUGGCAACCCUGCGUCCGUUGUUCAGAUAUUGUUUUCCUGGCAGGCAGCAUACCGUAUUGCCCACCACGCAUCGGGGCAGGCCAAUUACAUACACACCCGGCACCUAUGUUUCCCGUAUGAGCUUCGAGGACAAGAUGAAUCAAUAUGGAGAUGCACGACUAGGCUUCGUGACAACUAUCGUCGGCAACUCGGACGAGACAGAGCUACGGACGAUAGACCGCAAGACCAAAAAGACCAUCUCAAGCGUCAAUGAGAUAUCCAGGCAAUCGACCAGACACUCCACCAGACAUUCCAGAGCUCCCUCAGCCAUGUCUGAUGUUUCUCGUAUCGAUAGUGGGACCAAGCUGGAGAGGCCAUCAAGUCUCAAAUCCCUGAUGCGACAGGAACGCUAUCAAUACCCUCAACCAGCAAUCAAGAAGGCCUACAUCCAAAAUGGACGUGUGGUCAUGAGCAAAGAUAUCAAGAUUGAGCAGGAAUUAUCGGUAUUGCAUUCACACUCGCCGCCCUCAUCACCGGUUUGA